AUGGCUCAACGCAACGGUGCGCCCAACCCGGGCCAGUCGCCUCUCCCACAGGCACAUGCACUCCCGCAGGUGCAACAGCCCACCAACCAGAUGGCCUAUGGUGCUCAGUACGCUGCUCCCAUGGGCUACAACAUGAAUCUCGCCUCCAACCACGGUCCGGUCGCCUACGGCUUCAGCGCUGCUGGUCAAGGCGGCUUUGCUCAAAGUCAAGCCUACGCACAGCAGGCCUCGGCCGCACACCAGUACCACGCUCCUCCUCAUCUGCACGCGCAAAUCCACCAGGCUGCUAUCGCCGCCCAGGCACAAGCGCCUCCUUCUCAACUUCAGCACCCCGCCAUGUCCCAAGCCGCACACUUACAGCAGCAGCAAAUCGCUGCUUCUCAACAGCAAGGUCUUCAAGCUCCCAACUCUGGCUACAUGCAGCGUGCACCCGGUGCUUCGCCCAUCAACAGAUCCCCGUCUCCUUCCGCUCGUCCCCUUAACGCCGCACCCAGGAGUCCACAGCCACACGGUCAAGCUCAAACCUACUCGCAACAACAGCAGCAACAACAACAGCAGCAGCAGCAGCAGCAAUUCUACCAACAGCAGCAACAGCAACAACAACAGCAACAACAGCAACAACAACAACAGUACACUCAAUCUGGCGGCUCCACCUCGCCGAAUCCCGCAAACGAGAAGCCCGCGGAUUAUGUCUACUUUGAGCGAUCCACUAACGGGAUGCAAAAAUCCACCAUCGAGGCUGCCACCGGCGCCAAGCUGAAGCUGGAAAACUUUUACAAGGUCUACGUAGAACAAGCGGUGGAGCGUAUCAAGCGUGCAGCCGAGCUCGAAGACCGACUUACCAACCCGCCCGACGGCGUCCACCUCUCGGACGAGCGCAAAGCACGUCAGCUGGCACAACUGGGACGUCGUGAGUCCAACUUUUUGCGCUUGCGAAGGACGCGGCUGGGCUUGGACGACUUCCGGACGGUCAAGGUGAUCGGCAAGGGUGCGUUUGGUGAGGUACGAUUGGUGCAAAAGACCGACACGGGCAAGAUCUACGCCAUGAAGACAUUGCGCAAGAGCGAGAUGUUCAAGAAGGACCAGCUGGCACAUGUGCGCGCCGAGAGAGACGUGCUCGCCGAGAGCAAUUCGCCUUGGGUGGUGCAGCUGUACUACUCGUUCCAGGACACCGCGUAUCUGUACCUUCUCAUGGAGUUUUUGCCCGGCGGAGAUCUGAUGACCAUGCUGAUCAAGUACGACACGUUUUCCGAAGACGUGACGCGCUUCUACAUGGCCGAGUGCGUGCUUGCUCUCGAGGGCAUCCACAAGCUCGGCUUCAUCCACCGUGACAUCAAACCGGACAACAUCCUGAUCGACGCCAAGGGUCACAUCAAGCUCUCGGAUUUCGGCCUGUCGACUGGCUUCCACAAGCAGCACGAUUCGGCGUACUACCAGCGUCUGUUCGAAGGCACCGCGGCGCAGAACCCUGCACAGACCGGUCGGAAUUCGGUAGCGGUCAACUCGAUCAAUCUGACGCUAUCGUCCAAGGAUACGAUUGCGACGUGGAAGGCGAACCGAAGAAAGCUGGCCUACUCUACAGUGGGCACGCCGGACUACAUUGCGCCCGAGAUCUUCCUGCAGCAGGGGUACGGAAAUGAGUGUGACUGGUGGAGUUUGGGAGCGAUUAUGUUUGAGUGUCUGUGCGGGUAUCCGCCGUUCUGUUCCGAGAAUGCGCACGACACGUACCGCAAGAUUCUGGCGUGGAGGGAGACGUUGCAGUUUCCGGAUGACAUUCAUCUGUCGCCCGAGGCGGAAGAUAUGAUUCGUAGACUCAUCAGUGCUCCUGAGAACCGACUGGGACGCAACAGCGCUAGCGAGAUCAAGGGCCAUGCGUUUUUUGCCGGCGUCGACUGGGCGACGAUUCGCCAGAUCGACGCUCCGUUUAUUCCGCAGUUGAAGAGCAUUACUGAUACAAGCUACUUCCCCACCGAAGAUUACCAGGACGUCCCUGAGACCCCGGCAGGCGCUGAUGUCGGGGUCGGAAGCAAGGACCUCGCCUUCCUCGGCUACACGUAUCGCAGGUACGAGAGCAACGAGACUGUCCUCUAG